AGAAGUUCAGAAGCAGCAAGCCGUCUCCUUUUGUAAACGCGAUCUGUGAGCAGCCGCACCGGAGCAUGCUGAAGGGUCCGGGCACGUGGAAGCUAUGGCUGGGCUCCGUUUUACUUCUCGUGCUCAAAGAAGUGCAGUCACAUUGCAGUUUUUACAGCUCAGCGCUGGAACUGAUGUCAAAACACCGACUGAUAGAUGGACACAAUGACCUUGCGCUGCGUCUCAGGAUGUUCCACAGUAACAAACUGAGCCGACUGGAUCUGUACAACAACACCAGAACCAGCACGGAUAUUACCCGACUCAAAGCUGCUCACAUCGGAGGGCAGAUGUUUGCGGCAUAUGUGAUGUGUACGACUCAGGACAAGGAUGCAGUCCGACUGACCCUGGAACAGAUCGAUGUGAUACGCCGCAUGUGUACUGAAUACCCGGAGCUGGAGCUGGUCACCACGGCUGAGGACCUAAGGAAAACGAAGAAAAUGGCCUGUCUCAUCAGUGUUGAAGGUGGCCAUUCCAUUGACAGCAGUAUACCAGUUUUGCGGAUGUUUUACCAACUCGGAGUGCGAUCGGUGACUCUCACCCAUAACUGCAACACACCUUGGGCGGAGACGUCGUCGGGAUAUUACCCUAACUUCUACUCUAAGAGACAGAACAACAGCCUAACAGACUUCGGUAAGGCGGUGGUUGACGAGAUGAACAGACUGGGGAUGCUGAUCGACCUGUCCCACACGUCAUGGGCCACGGCACACGCGGUACUGCAGCGUUCCAGAGCCCCUGUCAUCUUCAGCCACUCCUCCUCCUACACCGUCUGCAACCACAGCCGCAACGUUCCAGACAACCUGCUCCAGAUGCUGAAGGAAAAUGGAGGCCUCAUCAUGGUGAACUUCCACAGUGCUUUCAUAGCCUGCAAACAAGAAGCAAGCAUCUCUUUAGUAGCCGAUCACUUUGACUAUCUAAGGCGCGUGGUAGGAGCAGAGAGUAUUGGCAUCGGAGGAGACUACGACGGGGCCACUGGCUUUCCUCCGGGUCUGGAGGACGUGUCGAAGUACCCUGCUCUGAUAUGUGAGCUGCUGAGGCGGAACUGGACCGUGGAAGAGCUGGCACGCGUGCUCAGGCUCAACUUUCUCAGGGUGUUCGACAGUGUGGAGAAGAUACGUGAUGAGAUGUCCAGCGUCACUCCCAGUGAGGUCGACAUCCCCUUUGCGGAGGCCGACCACUACUGUCGUUCUGUGCUCAAGCCACCAAAGAUUUCCAGAGACAUGAACCUGCUCCAGGAGAGGGGAGGCGCGCUCUCCCCAUCACUGAGCCCUCUGAGCUGGGCUCUGCUCCUCCUCACUUUACUGCAUCCAUACAGCAGCACCGUCAUUUCGGGAUGAGUGACGUCAGUGUAGGUGUACUGCUACCGACCUGGUGAUCGCUUAGAAACUGGUAACGGCUUCUGUCCCUCGCGACCCUCUACUAGGACAGCGAGAGAGUGUAAUGUACAAAAUCGGAGAACACCACUCCCACCACCCCUGGCUGUGCUGGUGUUCAAGAGUUUGCAACAGAACCAACAGCCUGCUGUCUGGAACUAUAUCUACAACGUGAGCUCUGUAGUCUCCAGCUAGUGUCUGCUCUUGUGUUAUGUAAACAGCUUUUCCUGUAGCAAAAUACUUCUGAAGCACUUUUAUUUAUUUAUUAUUAGUUGCAUUUAUAUAGCUCCUUUUUCAAACUCAAAUAUCACUCUUUAAAAAAACCCAAAACCCAUUAUUUUAUUUUGUAUGUAUACUCUAUUAUUUCUAAAGUAUUUAAAGGUUCUUUCUCCUAAAUAACAAGAUAACAAGACACAUUUAAAUAUGAAUAUAAAGAAUUAUUUCAUAAUGGAAUAACUGAAACUAGAGUCAUUCUGGACUGCACCUUGGCUGUACGUUCUGGACAUAUUUGGACACUUCCGAGCACACAAUGGGGAUUCCACACACAUUUCAUACUGAUUCCCAUGUUUAUUCUGAAUUUGCCGUUUACACAUGUUUACUUCUACAUGUGAAGUUUCAGCUCAUGGUGUUUGAAGCACAGAAACAGCUCAGGUCUGCACCUGCUGUUCUGUCUGUCUGUUCCACAAAUUAUUUUAUUUAUUGUCAUUAUGUAACACAGGCCUUUACUGUGCUUCAAAAAACAAAAAAAUAAAUCAUAUACAUACUCCAUAUCAAUGGUGAACUUGAGUGUGUAUUUGACUUUGAAAGCAUAUUUUAUUUAAAUAUUUUUUUAAAACAUUCUCCCUUUCAAAUAUCCAAAAGGUCAAGUAUAAAAGGCAUAAUUUAUAAGUUUUGUAUCUCUUUACCCAUCUGAACAAACUUCCCCCUCCUAUUUUUAGAGUUCUCUCAUUAUCUACAAUCUGAUGCUCUGUAUACAAUGAGGGCGAAAAGGAAAAAUAAAUAAUAUAAAUAACACACAACUUCCCCACUACCAUCUGAACUUGGCACUCCUGUUCAGGUGAGCUAACGUGUUUGCACCAUAUCUGAACUGGUUUAAUAUUAACUGGCAAUAUUCUGAUCAGUGGAUUUGAAUACGUAUUCAAGAAGGAGACAGUGCUGUCUCUGUGUCCAGACACCUACAACAUCUAUGUUUUUGUCUCAGUACUGGUAUGAGUUGCAAUGGCCCCUGUGCUCUGCUGCAACUCCCCAAUGGGCCUCAUGCAAGAACAUUCUCAUGUUUUUACCGUAAACUCUCUUAAGCAAUUUCUUAAGCAAUUUCAGGUAAUCUUGUAUUUACAUCCUGACUCAGUCUGUCCUGGCAUCCGUAAUCAGUAGAUAAAAACACAAAACAGUUUGGCUACAUAACCAAUCAGGAAUCGUGUCAUUUGUUUUUACUGCACAUGCAAGGUAUGAUGAGCAUGAUGUUUGCAUGGACUUUGAGAAAAAGGCUUUGGGGAAAGUUCUGGAUAUACGGUGUAGGACUGAUGAGCAGCUGUUCUGGUGGUUACACCUAGCAGAAGUGUUAGAGCUGUAAAAUCCUUUACACUCUACGCUUUUCAUAUAGUUGUACAACUGUGACAAUUUGAUCAAAUGCUCAUAACUGUAAAGCAUAGCAUAUUUGAGAGUUAAAUACCAUUAGCAAAUGAAACUCAACUACAAACCCUGAAUGGGAUGAUAUAAUUAAUGAUCAAGUGUGUUUGGGGGUGGGUGGGGGGCUGUGUGUGUGUGUGUGUGUGUGUGUGUGUGUGUGUGUGUGUGUGUGUG